AUGGAACACGGUGACGAAGAACAACCUGGAGUGGUUCAAGAGCAAUUUCAUCCAGGAAAAACUGCGGUUUGGUGUGGAUUGCUCAUCAUUCAGUUGUAUAUACUACUGGUCUUUGUCAACUUUUGUGCCUGUCCAACGGUCUACAACUACAAUGGUGGGUACGUGCAACAAAAUCAGCAACAAUUUCAUAGAUAUAAGGAACUUAAUACAAUGUACGAAGCGAGAAACUUGGAGUUCGGCUUCCCCAGCGUAGCUGAGCGACAGGCAACGUUACGGGAUGGGCGCUACAACCCCGAUAGUGCGCUGCCGAUCGAUGUAGAUGUCUUUUAUACGCCGCCCAAUGGUUCGCCUAUCCUUUUUGUCACAAUACCGCGUUUCGGUAAAGGCAUACCCUAUUCGUUGGCAUAUUUGACAAAUGUGCAACGUCCUAAUGGCACCGAGCUGCAGCCGUAUCCCAGCUACGAUUGGCAUUGGUCCCACGGCAAGGACUGUAACGGACUCACCUCUGUUUGUCGUGUGCAUAUCGAUCCGUGCGGCCGUAUGUGGAUACUCGAUAGCGGUGAGAUAGACAACGAACAGUUCUGUCCACCACAAAUCGUCGUUAUUGACGUGGCUACAACUCACUUGUUGCAUCGCUAUCGUUUACCUUCGGAAAUGUAUAAAAGCACGGUUAGUCGUUUUGUUACGCCUUAUGUUGAUUGUACCGAUCCACCGCCACGCGGUGAAUGCAAACAAACCUUCGUUUAUAUGGCCGAUGCUACCGGUUUCGGUAUUGUUGUUUAUGAUGUGCAAAAUGCCCGAUCUUGGCGCAUAGAAAAUAAAUUCACCUAUCCCGAUCCAGACUUCAGCACACAUACUAUAGCUGGUGAAAGUUUUGAGCUUUUGGAGGGCGCAAUUGGUCUUGCUACAACGCCUUUGGGGUUGGGCUUAAGACGUUCGCUCUACUUUCACUCUUUCUCAAAUGAUGCGCAAGUGGCGAUACCAUUGGAUGUUAUAAACAACAGCACACUCUGGGACUUUGGCUUAGGUUCGGCUAUAGAGCAGUUCAGUGUGCUUGGCAAACGUGGCGUGCAAUGUGGAGCAUCAGCCAUGACCUCGAAUGGUGUGCUUUUGUGUGGUCACUACGAGCCAGUCGGGCUAUUCGGCUGGAACAUACGUAACCCUUACACGCUUCAAACGCGUUUUUUGCUGGCUGAAAAUCCCAUAAAACUGCAAUUUAUAAGCGGUCUAAAGGUAAUAAGAAAUCCUUGGGGAAAGGAAGAAGUUUGGAUGCUAUCAAAUCGUUUACAAAAAGCCUUCACCGGCAAAAUUAAUUACAAUGAGAUUAACUACCGAAUAAUGCGGUGCGGUUUGGAUGAGCUGCUGCAAGGAAGACCUUGCUGA